AUUGUCAUGCCAGAUGAGCGGAAGACCUCGGCCAUCUUGGAAGAGGGCGUCCGCGGUCACGACUACCGAUCCGAGCCGAACCUGGACCUGCCGGAGUACACCAACGCCCCGCUCCACCGCACCUUCCAGUCCUCCCCCCACCAACUGGACUCCGACCCCCUGACCUCUCGCUCCCUCAGCCUGAAGCAGGGUCAGCCGCAGACCCUCACCUCCACCCCGUACAAGAGCGUCUUCUCCCCCAACACGCUGUCCAACCGUAACGGCAGCCUCUCCUACGACAGCCUGCUGAACCCCAGCAUCUCUCCAGCGGCCCCCCCCAGCGAGUGCGUGUCCCACCGCGGGAUCCCCUCCAGCGGCUUCCACUCGCCCUACCUGCCCACCAAAAUGUGCCACAUCCGGGAAACGGACAUGCAGAGGCACCAGGUUUCCUCCGCCUACAGUCCGGUGAUGCACCAAAGAGCGGUGGGCCGGCAGCCCUCCCCUCACCUGCGGGACCGCGACCCGUCCCCCGUGCGCUACGACAACCUCUCCCAGACCAUCAUGGCCUCCAUCCAGGAGCGGAAGGACAUGGAGGAGCGGGAGAAGAGGCAGAUUAUUCACGGGCGCUCUCAGACCCACAUCUACGCCCAGGACUCUGGCGUGUUUGACGGGGGUUACGGUUUACCCCCGAGUGUUUGCUACCCGGACGGGCCUCGUGGCUCCCUCUCCAGAGGCCCCACACCCCCCGCCUACGGAGGGUCCCGGGACAACCUGAUGGGGGUCGGGCUGGUGAGUUAUGGGCAGCGAGCCCCAGCGUUACGCUCCACGCUGGGCCGCGCCCCCAGGACUUCCUCCACCUCCCUCCACACGGAUCAUAGUAGCAGCAACAGCAGCCAGAGCAGGGCCGGCCCCCCCGAGGGUCUCUACCGCUCCCCGGCCCACCAACCCCACUCCCCCGCCAUGCCCCGAUCCCCCUCCUACUCCCACCAAAAACUCUCCUACAUCAGUGCCCUAGAGAGGACAGACUCCCCUCGUCUGGGGGGCCCAAGGUAUGAAACCUAACGUCCCCCCCCUGAGGGACUGCAUGCUUUGAAUGUGUUCCCGCUGGAGACCCUGCUCCUCCUGCUGGACACACACAGAUUGAGGGCUGUAGUGCACUAGUCCUAACCGAGGCAAUGUGUAGCGUUUCAACACGGUGUUUGUCUAACUGUUAUGUUAUGUUUAAAACUGUCUGGUGUGAAUUCUUACAUGUAUUUUGGGAAUUUAUAUGUUCGCCUUUCUAGUAAAAUAUCAAUUUUUGUAUUAUUUCACAAGUUAAUAAAGCUGUGU